AUGCCACCAAAACGUGAUGAGGCUGAUGGGGUGCCUGCAAAGACUUCCAUGCAGACUCGCACAAAGCAAGAGAACACUGGUCCAUCCCACGAUGGUGCGGAUGAGAACUUGUCUCUCAUUGUUGACUACAAUGAGAGCACGCGAUUGCCAUCACCUCAAAGUGGUGACGAGCACAGUGCUCUGAUGGUACAUUUGUCCCCAUCCUUUGAGGUACUUAAUCUUCAGGAAGCUUUCAUGCUUCCUGACAGCGAGGGCCAUGCCUCGUCGUCUGCGCCAACGAGCGCAGCGAUCACAAAUGAACGCGCUGCUUCGAACGAAACAGCCGCGACUCAACAGCAGGUUGGGGAUUCGAAAUUGUCCGCCUCUGUUAACCCUACGUCUGCAGUCUUGUCAAUCCAUAACGGAGAGUCAGACUCGGGCGAGGGUGAGCAAAAAUCCUAUUCGACUUCACGGUCGACCUCACUAGCACGCCGUCGCAAGGGCGGCUACGCGAGUGAUGGCUUGCCACCAAUGUCACCACCAUCCAAGUGGUCACGCUCGAGUGGUACUAGUGCGACGCUCCUAAAGAGCGUGCCACUAUUGACGAUAAAAACUAUUCAACGUCUUUCCAUCAUAGAAAAAGCAGGGCAAAGCACUAGGUCGUGCUUUUACUAUCCCCGUUGUGUUGCGUUCUAA